GAGAGAGAGAGAGAGAGAGAGAUCAAAACAACGUUGAAAAAGAUUGCAAUAAAUUCUGGUUGUUGCUUACAUUGCAGUUGAAAACUUGAAAGAGAGAGAGCAUAAACAACUUUGAAAAAAAAUUUACUUGUUUCCCACAUCAUCUCACAUUCAUUUCUUGUUUCUUUUUCGACCACCGCUAAAUUACACCAAUCCACACUUUCUCUCUCUAAGCCCUGAUGUGCAGAUUCCUCCCCAAAAGAAAAAAACCACAUUUAUUUUGGUGUCUGUUGAAGAAAAUAAUCUCUGGGCUUUGAUUAAAAUCCAAUCUUGGCGAAAAAAUGGGGAACAGAUUCACGUGUAUGUCUAAGAAAGACAACAAGAAUGGAGGGAUUGUGUCAAAGAUCAAAAGGGGCUCGAUGUCGAGGAGAAAGAGCUCAAUGGAAGAAGAAUUGUUGCACAAACAAGCUCUGGCCAUGGCGAUUCAACAGCACCAGCUUUCUCAGAGGUUCGAAAAUGGGUCGAUGUCCCGCCGGGUCGGAUCCACCUCUUCUCGCCGCCGGGCCGCCAGUUUAUCGGACCCUUUUGGAAGUACUAAUAAUGUUAAACAGUUGCCAGAGUUCUUGGAGAAUAUCAAGACGAAGAAAUUUGUUUUGGUACACGGUGAAGGUUUCGGGGCUUGGUGUUGGUACAAAACUAUUGCCUUACUCGAGGAAAAUGGACUCCUUCCUAUUGCCUUUGACCUAACCGGGUCAGGCAUUGACUUAACGGAUACUAAAAACGUGACUACUAUGGCCGAGUACUCAAAACCAUUGAUUGAUUAUCUUGAGAAAUUGCCAGAGGACGAGAAGGUAAUUUUGGUUGGUCACAGUACUGGGGGUGCUUGCAUCUCAUAUGCAUUGAACCAUUUUCCUGAUAAGAUCUCGAAAGCCGUUUAUCUCUGUGGCACAAUGGUGUCUGAUGGGCAGAGACCUUUUGAUGUGUUUGCUGAGGAGCUCGGUUCUGCUGAACUUUUUUCGGCAGAUUCGAAGUCUCUAAUCUAUGGCAACGGUAAAGACAAUCCUCCCACAGGAUUCAUGUUUGAGAAGCAGCAUUUGCAUGGAUUAUAUUUCAAUCAGUCUCCUGCAAAAGAUGUUGCUCUAGCUAUGGUUUCGAUGAGACCAAUCCCACUCGGCCCCAUGAUGGAGAAAUUAUCUUUAUCGGCCGAAAAAUAUGGAAAGGGGCGGAGAUUCUAUAUUCAGACAUUGGAUGACAAUGCGCUUUCACCUGAUGUUCAAGAAAAGCUCGUGAGAGAAAAUCCACCCGAAGGUGUAUUCAAGAUCAAAAGCAGUGAUCACUGCCCUUUCUUCUCCAAGCCUCAGUCGCUGCAUAAAAUCUUGCUCGAGAUAGCUCAAAUUACAUAGGGUUCGCCUUCGGGUUUUUUUUUUUUUUUUUUUUU